UACGGCAGAUGUUGUCCCGCAUACCUCCCCCUCACCUAAUAACUGUCAGUUAGAUACACCAUUGUAGAGGUAGACAAUGAAGUAUUCUAGAGGAACGGGCGUCCUUUUACUUGCCUGUCUUGCGAGUAUAGGCAACAUUAACUGUGUCGAGAGAACGUACUUCUUUGGGAUUCGGGAGGAGAAUUGGGACUAUGCGCCGAGUGGCAGAAACCGCAUCAAUGACAAGCCUGUGUCACAGGACGAGCAUGCCUCUGUGUUUCUGGAGAGAGGACCGACUCGCAUCGGCUCCGUGUACAAGAAGGCCGUGUACGUGGAGUACUCUGAUGCCUCGUACAGCAAGAGGCUGCCUAAGGCCCCCUGGCUCGGCUUCCUGGGCCCCACCCUCAAGGCGGAGGUGGGGGACGUCCUGGUGGUGCACCUGAGGAACUUCGCCUCCAGGAGGCAUUACUCCAUGCACCCACACGGCGUCUUCUACGAGAAGGAUGCGGAAGGUGCCCUGUACCCGGAUGGCACCUCGGGCCGAGCGAAGCUGGACGAUGCCGUACCCCCUGGGGGCACGCACACUUACCGCUGGCUGGUGACGCCCGACUACGCACCGACGGACGGAGAUGCCAACUGCCUCACCUGGGUCUACCACUCCCACAUCGACGCCCCGAAGGACAUCUACUCUGGACUCAUCGGCGCCAUCCUCACCUGCAGGACAGGUACCCUGCAGCAGGUGUCGGGGCCCAACGGAACAGAGCUACGGAGAGCUGACGUGGACCACGACUUCCUCCUGAUGUUCUCCGUGGUGGACGAGAACCUUAGCUGGUACCUGGAAGACAACAUCAAAACGUUCUGCUCAGAUCUGGACGGCAUAGACCGUGACGAUGAGGAUUUCCGAGAGUCCAAUCUAAUGCAUGGCAUAAAUGGCUUCCUGUAUGGCAACCUGCCGGGCCUGGAGCUGUGUCUGAAUGGCACGGUGGCGUGGCACCUGUUCGGCAUGGGGAACGAGGUGGACAUGCACUCCGUCUACUUCCACGGCCACACGCUGCUGGAGCGCCGCCACCGCACCGACGUGCUGAGCCUCUUCCCGGCCUCCUUUGUCACCGCCGACAUGCUGGCCACCACGGCCGGACGCUGGCUCAUCAACUGCCAGGUCAACGACCACCUGCAAGCUGGCAUGCAGGCCCUCUUCCAGGUCCGAGAGUGUGGCAAGGACAGCAGUAGCAGCUUUGGCAGGCCUGUGGAGGCUCGAGUGAGGCAGUACUUCAUCGCUGCUGAGAAUGUGCUUUGGGACUACGCCCCUUCAGGAAUGGACAUACCUGACAACGUCUUACUCACAGAGGAGGGAAGAGACUCUGUGGAGUAUUUUGGAAAAGGUGAAGGUCGGCUUGGAGGGAUAUAUGAGAAAGUCAUGUACGUCUCAUACACAGACGCCACAUUCUCACAAAAAACAGCACGCACUGAGGCUGACAAGCACCUCGGAAUACUUGGCCCCAUCAUGGCAGCCGAGGUCGGGGACGUCCUUGAGGUGACCUUCUUGAACAGGGCUGUGAGGAACUUCAGCAUCCAGCCUCACGGGCUGCAAUACGAGAAAGCCUCAGAAGGAGCACAGUACCAGGAUGGUGAGACACAGCAUAGAUAUACACCAGGCUCUGCUGUAGCCCCCGGGGAGCGUUACACCUACAGUUGGCAGGUGAGGGAGGGCCCUUCCCCUGAUGACCCCCCUUGUGUGUCCUACCUAUAUUUCUCUGCCAGCGACCCCGUCAAAGACACCAACUCGGGGCUGGUGGGGCCCCUGAAGGUGUGCAGGAGGGGGUUCCUGGACGCCAACGCAGCACAGUCUCAGAGGAUGAGUAGGGAUUUUUUCCUUCUCUUCACGGUGAUGAACGAGAAUGAGAGCUGGUACAUUGAUGACAACACAAGACGCUACGGGACGGCCCAGUCAGAGCCAGACAACGAGGACUUUCAGGAGAGCAAUAAAAUGCACAGUGUGAAUGGCCUGAUGUAUGGGAACCUUCAAGGCCUGGAUAUGUGCCAGGGGGAGCGUGUGACGUGGCACCUCUUUGGCCUGGGGACAGAGGGGGACAUGCACGGCGUUCACUUCCAGGGAAACACCUUCCAGAUGAUGGGCACGACCAGUGAUGCAGUCUCAGUCUUUCCCCACACGGCUGCCACUGUGGCCAUGCAGACAGACAAUACAGGUGAGUUGGAGGUGAGCUGCAGGGUGACCGAUCACUACGUGGGGGGCAUGAGGCACCUGUACCAUGUACGCUGGUGCAGUCAGGAAGAUGGCUCUGUGAUGCCACCCCCUCCUCGCCCCACAGCGCCACGCCCCACCGUCACCUACUUCAUCAGGGCAGAGGAGGUGGUGUGGGACUACGCCCCCGACCGCACCUGGGAACUACAGAAACACAACACCACGGCAGAGGAGAGCCCUGGCGAUGUGUUUGUUGGAAGAGGAGAGGACCGCAUUGGCUCCAAGUACAAGAAGGUGGUGUACCGGGCAUACACAGAUGCCACCUUCAGGACAGCCAAGAGGAGAACACCUGAGGAGGAACACCUGGGCAUUUUAGGUCCUAUUAUUAGAGCAGAGGUUGGAGAGAGAAUCUUGGUCACAUUUAACAACGCGGCCACCAGACAAUACAAUAUGUAUGCUCAUGGGGUGGGGACAAUACGACACACUCCCGUUCCAAAAGGUGAGACGAGACAGAUCCAAUGGGAUGUGCUGGAGGCAGCAGGUCCUGGACCAUCAGACCCUGACUGCAUCUCAUACGCCUACUACUCUAGUGUGAACUUUGUCAAGGACACUAUGAGUGGUCUGAUUGGGCCGUUGGUGAUCUGCAGGAAGGGUGCUCUGACCGCCGACCGCCGCCUGCAGAGGGGUGUCUCUCGGGACUUUGCGCUGCUCUUCAUGGUCUUUGACGAGAACCAGUCCUGGUACCUGGAGGAGAACGUCCGGCAGUACCUGGGCAAGGAGACUGCCCCCGUGGAGGACGAAGACUUUCAGGAGAGCAACAUGAUGCAUGGCAUCAAUGGGCUGCUGUACGGCAACCUGCAGGGCAUCCGCAUGGUGUCGGGGGAGACGGUGCAGUGGCACCUGAUGGGCAUGGGCAACGAGGUGGACAUCCACACCGUCCACUUCCACGCAGAGACCUUCAUCUACAAGCUGGCAACGUCCCAUCGUGCCGACGUCUUUGACCUGUUCCCCGGCACAUUCAAGACCAUCGAGAUGGUGGCACAGAACCCUGGCACCUGGCUUCUUCACUGCCACGUAGCUGACCACAUACAUGCUGGCAUGGAGACCACUUUCACCAUCACAGACCGCUCAGGUGGGACUGGAAACGGUGCCCCGUCCCUGAUCGCCAAGCCCUGGCAUCUCCUGAUCACUCUUGGAAUCUGCUACACCAUGGGGAUCUGUCGACUCCACUGACGGAUGUGUGUGUGUGUGUGUGUGUGUGUGUGUGUGUGUGUGUGUGUGUGUGUGUGUGUGUGUGUGUGUGUGUGUGUGUGUGUGUGUGUGCGCACGUGAAUGCAUGCGUGUGUAGGUGUGCGUGCUUGCACACGUGCGUGCGUAGGUGUGUGUGUCACGUGGCACAGUCUUGCCCUCUCCGGCUGAAUCAGGAAAGCAGCAUCUAGGUGGCAAACGUGUCUCUCAUGUAGGCCAGCUCACACACACACACUCACGUGCCUCCUCCAUAUAUCCAUCCCUGGUCUGCACCACCGGAUGCUUAGGCAUAUAUACCUGCUCCAAAUCCAUUGAAAUGGUCAUUGUUCAAAGGUGUCUAACGUCACAUGAAAAAGAAGAGACAAGAAAGCACCUGCGACCGAAACAUUGAAAGGAAACGCUGCAAAUGUGAACAGUGUGUUGGAGCUAGGGCUGGGCGAUAUGGAAAAAAAACAAUAUCACGAUAUGGAUUACUUUCGAUCACGAUAGCGAUAUACAUCACGAUAUAGCACAAUUACAUACGUUUUCAGUUAUUGUCUUUAUUUUUUCAUCGCAAAACAAUCUUUCUUUAAAAUGGAUUUUAUUAUUGUGACAACAUGGAAUGUAAUUAAAUGAUAUUGAAUUUUAUGAAAUUGGUAAAAUUUCUAUCACGAUAUAAACGAUAUAGGAGAAAGGUCACGAUAUACACUUUUAUAUCACGAUAACGAUAUAUAUCGUCAUAUUGCCCAGCCCUACUUGGAGCUCUCUUGUUUCUAACGGUGACCCAGGGCUUCCCCUCCUACGCACCUGGCCAAAGGAGGUGUGCGAGAAUUCUACAAAAUAGUCACGUGAAAAAGUCCCAUUGUAAUUGGUGCAGCACAUGACUGUUUAUGAUGCUUUGAGAGUCGACACACAGCAUCGUUCUCAGAGUCAUAAAAGUUUGAAGGAUUUAGUUUAGUUUAGUUAAGUUUAUUAGGAUCCCCAUUAGCUGGGCGCAGACCCAGCUAUUCUUCCUGGGGUCCAACAAUAAAAUCACACACAGUUAAAAGUUCUACACAAAUCUGUACAUUCAUACAUUGUGGACAUUGAAGGACAUUGUGCAUGGAAACAUCAGUCGGUCAUUGCACCAGUUAACACUCUAAAAGUAUACUAUUCUCUUGCCUAUACUGCUGUGCAAUUUCAGAAUGCAGCAUCUUGAAAAUGUUCGAAAUUGAGUUCAGAACGGAAAUUGGCUUUAAAAUACCUUCUUUGUCUUGUGUCAAAAAAUAUUGGUCCAACUUUUUCAGAAAAAAACGAUGUUACUGCAUUUUUGUUUUGUUUUAUGUCGUACAAGGCAAAAUCGCAGUAUAUCACGUGUUAUACUGCACUUAUCCAUUGAAACUGUGCUUGGGGUGGCAAAAUUGCAUCCUCAUUACAUUGUAUAUAUUGGGUUUGGGGCCCUUUCAGAUGUCUUUGUCCUGGGCCCAGCCAAAGCUUUCAUCGGCCUUGGUGGGAGCUCACUGUGAAUGAAGGAAUGUAGUUUUCUUGUAAUGGGGCAUUGCACAUGGCCUCAACAAUAUAAGGGUUACUUACUUGUGCAUAUUUAAUAAGAAUAAUGAUUGGGAAUUGAUGUUGUUGUUAGAUUUGUGCACUGGAUGUUUCGGGAUGUGUACAUUAAUGCCUAAGACUGUGAUUUUGAAUGAGAUUUUGUGUCUUAUCGUUUUGUUGGACAUUAUAAAGCAAGCCAUAGGCUAUAAAUAUAUUUUUUACCCUAUAUGUCCAAUGAUUCUUUUCUAUUGUUGGCUUUCGUUAAGUGCAAAAUAGGUUUAUGCAUGUACAGUGUCUGAUUAAAAUACAUGUAUAUAAUGGCACAACACUGUAUAUUUUCAGUUAUUAAAGUAUCAGUAAGAUGUGGA